AUGAAAUACCUCUCGCUCCUCCUCCUCUCCAACUGGGCCCUCGCGUCCAUCUCCAUCCCCCUCAACACCACCCGGCGAAUUCUCCGCCCCGACCUCUACGGCUACUCCAUCGAGCCCUCCUCCCUGACCCCCUACCUCCAAAGCGACCUCGCCGCCACCGUCCUCGGUCACAUCGCCUCCAUCGCCGGCACCCCAGCCACCAUCCGCGUGGGCGGCAACAUCGCCGACCAGACCAUCUUCGACGAAACCCUCUCCGUCCCAUCGCUCGCCCUCCCCAACGACACCGUCGUCGACACCCUCACCAUCCAAGAAUCCUGGUUCCACAACUGGACGACCUACUUCCCCCCGUCCACCCCCUUCAUCUACACCCUCAACCUCCGCAACACCACCUCCUCCUGGUCGACCGCCAUGUCCCAAGCCUCCGCCGCAAUCCGCAUCCUCGGGCCCUCGCUCUCCCUGCUGGAACUCGGCAACGAAAUCGACCACUACAUCUCGAAGAACUGGCGUCCCUCCACCUGGAACACGACCUCCUACACCGCCCAAUGGAAGACUCUAACCCACCAACUCACCACCGCGCCAUUCUACACCAACGCCUCGCAUAAACCCCUCUUCCAAGCCGCCGUCUUCGCCGACCCCCCCCUCGUCCCAGACCAACACGACGCCCUCGACGACUUCGACAUCGUCAACGUCACCCGCGCCGGACUCAUCAACCCGCGCCUGAUCAAAAGCUACACAAUGCACCUCUACCCGCAAUCCACCUGCGACCCGCCCCGCGAAGCCAGGCUGAGUCUAAACCUCCUCUCCAACCACUCCGUCAUCCGCACAAACAUAUCCCAAUACAUACCCCAAGUCGCGGCCGCAGAGCGCGCAGGGAGCAUACUCACCCUGGGUGAAACAAACUCUGCAUCAUGCAGCGGUCGAUCAGGCAUUAGCGAUACCUUCGGGGCGGCGCUGUGGGCGGUAGACUAUGUGCUGCAGGCGGCGAGUAUAGGGCUACAGCAGGUUUUGUUUCAUCUGGGGCAUGUGAGUGAGUACUCUGCCUUUACUCCGCUGCCGUAUGAGUAUAAAGGGGAGAGGUUGGAGGCCGGGGUUAGGGCGCAUUUCAUGUCGCAUUUGUUUUUGGCGCAUGCUGUUUCCGAUCAGGGAGUUGGGGGGCAGGGAGAGAAAAGGAACGGGGAGAGGACGAUUUCAGCACUGCCUGGGGAUGAGGAUGGGUUUAGUGGGUAUGCGGUGUUUGGGCCCAGGAGGUUGGAGAAGCUGGUCUUUGUGGAUUUGGGGGUUUGGAAUUCCACCGAGGGGACGGGGAAUCCGUCGACGUUGAGAGCGACGGAUUCGGAGUUCAAGUCGGACGGGGAGAGGCCGGUGAGGAGCGUGGAGGUGAAGACGGGGUGGAGGGCGGGAGAGAGCGUGGAUGUGUUGAGACUGCAGGGGCCAGGCACGAAUGCGAAGAGUCAGGUUAGUGUGUCCGGGCUGGAGGUGGAUACAUUGACUGGGGCGUUGGUGGGCGAGAAGAGGGAGGAGAAGCUGGUUGUUGGGGAUGGGGGGUUGGUGCAGUUUGAACUGCAGCAGGCGGAGGCGAUUUUGUUGCAAGUGAAGUAG